AUGCCAAGGUGUUGGACACAGGACUCUACACGUGUGGCUGUGAAUGUGGCGGGACAGGCCAACAGCAAGCACGACAUCAGCAUACAUGUCUCCCCCAGGAUCUGUGGUCAGAACCAGGUCCCAGAAAAUGUGAGUGUGGUGGUGAACAACCCUGUGUCUCUAACCUGUAAGGCCUCUGGCAUCCCUCCUCCUGCUAUCACCUGGCUGAACGAUGGAAACACAGCAGCACAGGAGACCGCAGCAGACACUUCAACCUCAACGUACUGGGAUCAAGCAGGACCUCAGCAUUUGGACCCUUUAUUACAAAUGGAGACACAUGAAGAUGUUCAAUACUGUUUUCAAGACAGAAACUCUUCUUGCGGAAAGGCUUUGCUAUCGACAUCUAUCUACAUAACUCUGUACAUCUUCUUCUCAUUGAUUUCAGCAGUUACAGUAUUUUUGAACAUACUGGUGAUCAUCUCCAUCUCUCACUUCAAGCAGCUCCACACUCCAACCAACCUGCUCAUCCUCUCUCUGGCUGUGGCAGAUCUCCUGGUGGGACUGAUUGUGAUACCAUUAACGACUGUAGCAUUAAUGGAACCAUGCUGGGAUUUUGGGGAAUAUUUCUGUGGGUUUUAUUUCUGCAUCACUUGUUUGUGUUCUUCUUUAUCUGUGGGCAGUUUGAUCUUGAUAUCUAUUGACCGUUAUGUUGCUGUGUGUGAUCCCUUAUUGUACCACUCUAAAAUAACAAUAACAAGAAUGAUGUGUUGUAUAUCCAUUACCUGGUGUUGUUGUAUCAUAUACGAUGCUGCUAUUGCAAAAAUAUUUCUAAAUGUACAGGUACCCAGUAGGUGUUUGAAAGAAUGUUUUACUGUAGAAGGGUCAGUCUUGGGUAAUAGAAUUGACUUUGUAAUUACAAUGUUUGUCCCGUGCUCUAUUAUUAUAACACUUUAUUUGAAAAUAUUUGUGGUGGCCAGAUCACAGGCCAGAAAGGUAUUUUCAAAAGAGGCUGCCAGUGUGUCUGGUGUUAAAACUGUACAGGCAAAUAAGUCAGAGAGAAAAGCAGCAAAAACUCUAGCUAUUGUUGUUUUCACCUAUCUAAGUUGUUGGAUUCCAUUUUAUUUUUAUUUUCUUUUUUUUUUCAUUGACAAUUUAUCAUUAUUUAUCAUCAGCUGUCUGCCACUUGUUAAUUCCUUAAUUAAUCCAAUAAUUUAUGCUUUUUUUUAUCCAUGGUUCAAAGUAACAGCUAAACAUAUUUUAACUUUGAAAUUAAGAUGUUCAUAG